AUGGCGCAAUUCUCUACCCUGCCAGCUGAGUUGCGCGAGCUGGUUUGGGAGUGUGCGCUUCCAGCGCGAGUCGUUGAGAUUGGAGAACCGUGCGACCCAGAUAUCUUACCAGAGGAAGACCUCAAACAAGCAUGGGUCCUUAACAGGAAGUAUCCAGCGAUUGCUCAUGUCUGCUGGGAAUCCCGUCGAAUUGCUUUGGCCAAAUUCAAGCUCCCUAAAGGUGUUACUCUUGCGCCGGAUUGCAUGACAGACGCUCGAUGGUGGUGGAAGUCUACCGACAUUAUUCACUUCAACGCUCCUGAAAUUAUCGCAGCUACACAAAGACGCAGACUGGAGGAUGACCUGCUCGACUUGAUAAAAGUUCCUAUUCUGUGCAAAAAGGUCUCUGUUAGUGCGGACGUCGUCCACCCGUUUUUGCGUUUCCGUAAUAGGUCCGAUAUCCCACAGUCGUUGGUAUGGGAAGUCCUUUCCUCAAUGGAGACAUGUAUUAUCUCCCUACACACCGUCUGUAUCCGAGCCACCAAAGAGCAAGCCCGGGAACUGGGCCUCUUUGGCAACGGUGACGAGCCAGCACAGUUGAUCAACCCAUUUGACAAGGUAGCUAUCAGGCGAUUCAGACAGCUCUGGAUGGACACCAAAAAAGAGGUAUCUUCAGUCAAGUUCUUCGACACGAUCGACACCAACAGAUUCACUUUUCGAGUGGAAAGGUGGCUUGCGGAGAUGUCAGCGGAGUACAUCGAUUUCAAAUGGACCAGUCCACCGUUCCCGACCCCAGGACCGCAGGUUAUAACCGCAUCACUUCGUCGAUACCCAGCUCAAAGACACAACCCGGACACCAAACAAUAUCUCGCUGGGUUUCCCACUCUGGAUCUGAGGAUCAUGUUUCGACUCUGCCCACCUGCGGCGGUCGAUCAUGGUGGUAAAGGCCGCGGCGGUGGCGGCGGUGCAGGCCGUACGCGCUCUCAAUGGCAAGAUAUCACUAGAGAGAACGAGAAGUUCGAGCGUUACUACAAUGAACCUGAGUUCCUUCCGGAAGAGGAAAAGGAGGUCUUCUGGGCUACCAUGCGCAAGGAUCUUCCCAACAGCUUCCGUUUCACCGGUUCUCGAGGACAUGCGCUGGCUGUUCAGCAGCGUCUUAAGGACCACCACAUUCCCGAGAUCACUUCUAUCAAAUACGAGGACGAAUUCGUCGAGCCCCCGCGCCCGGUCUCGUGGUACCCGGAUCAGCUCGCCUGGUCUAUGACAACUCCUAAGAAUGUCAUCCGUCGAUUUGCGCCUUUUGCCUCGUUCCAGAAGUUCCUUGUUGCCGAGACCGACGUCGGAAACAUCAGCCGCCAGGAGGUUGUCAGCAUGAUUCCUCCUCUGCUUAUCGACGCUAGGCCUGGAAUGACUGUGUUGGAUAUGUGCGCUGCGCCGGGCAGCAAGUCUGCGCAGCUGAUGGAGCUGCUUCAUGCAGGCGAGGAGGAUGCCAUUGCGCAAGUCACUGAACAGAUCAAGAACGGCACUGCUGGACCUGAACCCCUCGGCCCCGAAGGACUGAACGACGACGGCCGAAGCACCGGCCUGUUGAUUGCCAACGAUAGCGACUACAAGCGCGCUCACAUGCUUAUUCACCAGAUGAAGCGCCUGAGCUCGCCCAACCUGAUCGUUACCAACCACGACGCCACAAUGUUCCCUUCCAUCAAGCUGCCUCCUCUUCCCACUGCGGACGGCAGCAAGCCCAAGAACAGAUACUUGAAGUUCGACCGCAUCCUGGCAGACGUUCCUUGCUCUGGCGAUGGUACCGCACGCAAGAACGUCGGUGUCUGGAAAGACUGGACCCCUGGCAAUGCUUUGGGACUUCACAGCACGCAGUCUCGGAUCCUGGUUCGCGCUCUGCAAAUGCUGAAGGUCGGCGGACGGGUUGUGUACUCAACCUGCAGUCUGAACCCUGUGGAGAACGAGGCUGUCGUUGCCUCUGCAAUUGAACGCUGCGGUGGCGCUGCCAACGUUAAGAUCAUCGAUUGUAGCCAGGAGCUACCCGGCCUAAAGAGAUCAACUGGUCUGCACAACUGGAAAGUGAUGGACCGAGAGGGCCGCAUGUGGAACAACUGGCAGGAGGUUGAGGAGCACCGAGACCAGCAGGGCAUCAAUGGUCUUGCCAGACUUGCAGAGGGCAUGUUUGCCCCGACAGGCGAGGCUGCCAACCUGCCGCUUGACCGAUGCAUGCGUGUCUACCCUCACCAGCAAGACACUGGUGGUUUCUUUAUCACCGUCCUUGAGAAGACCUCCGAAAUCAAGGCCAAGCCGGAGAGCGGCAACGUUAUCCCCAAGGCUUCCGUUGCAGCUCUCGCCGCAGAGCUUGAUUCUAAGAAGAACGAGACUGAUGGAAAGCCUCUGGAGAAGCUCGAGUCGCUUGAUGAAUUGGUUACUCCCGACCAAGAGGCCCAGGAAGAACUCGCAAAGAAUGCUUCUGUUGCCGAGGCCGCCCAUCAACUUCCGUACUCUGCUACUCUUGAUCCGACUCCUGUCUCUCCCGCGAAGCGGGAUGCAGACGACCUCGAAGAGGAACUUCCUGCUAAGAGGACUAAGCUCGACGAUGGUAGAGAGGUCCUUGUCGGUGACCGACCCGUCCACCCCCCAGCCCCUGCAGUGGGAACUGGCAUUGAAACGCCUGGUGACAGCACACCUGUCCCCUCCGCGGCUACUGCACAGCCUUUCAAGAAGAGGGGUCCCCGUCAAGAGGAGCCGUUCAAGUACCUUGAUCCCAAUCACGAGGAACUUGUUCCCAUCUAUGAAUUCUACAAAUUGUCGGAUCGAUUCCCCCGUGACCGCUUCAUGGUUCGCAAUGCCGAAGGUCUCCCCACCCGCACAGUUUACUACACCAGUGCCUUGGGACGGGACAUUCUCACCUGCAAUGAAGGCCAGGGCAUAAAAUUCGUCCACUGCGGUGUGAAGAUGUUUGUUAAGCAGGAUGCGCAGCGCGAGAACGUCUGCAGAUGGCGUGUUCAGACCGAUGGCCUGAAAAUCGUCGAGCCUUGGCUGGGUCCUGAACGGUCCGUCGUCCUGACUAAGAGGGAGACUCUGCGUCGUCUGCUGGUGGAGAUGUUCCCCAAGGUCUCUGACGAUGGCUGGAAGUCUCUGGGCGAGAUUGGCGAGCAAGUGAAGGAUAUCCCUAUGGGGUGCAGUAUUCUUCGCAUUGAAGCGAAUGGCGGAGAAGAUGGUCUUCCUGAGGCCAUGGUCCUGCCAUUGUGGCGAUCUAUCCAUUCUUUGAACCUUAUGCUUCCCAAGGAGGAGCGCCGCGCCAUGUUGCUGCGUAUUUUCAAUGACUCCACCCCUCUGAUCAACACCACACAGAAGCAGGGUGUCGAGACCGAAGUGACCGCUGAGGCUGAGGACGUCGCACUGAAGGAAGAGAAUGCCGCCGUUGGACAGGAAGCGCAGGACGACGUGGAUGAUCGUGAGACAUACACCAAGGAUGGCGAUGAGGAGGAUCGCUUCAACACCACCGUGUAA